CCCGGAGGUUUGCGCUUUGCGCCCGGGCCUCCUGCUCGGUCCCCGCCAGCCAGGCGAUCGCGCGCCCUUCGGUGCCGCCACUCUACAGCGCCGGGGCGGGAGGGAGGUCGCCGAGUCGGGGGGCGCAGGUUGGGGCCGGGAUGCAGGAUGGCAGCAGAGCCGCCCCCGUCCAGCCUCUCCUUCCGCACUACGGGCUCCACCUGUCUGCACCCGCUCAGCGAGCUCCUGGCCAUCCCGCUGGACCAGGUUAACUUUGUGGCCUGCCAGCUCUUUGCUUUGUGUGCAGCUUUCUGGUUUCGCAUCUACUUACAUCCUAGUAAAACUAGUCCAGAGGUCCGACAUGCAUUUGCCACCAUUUUGGGAAUUUACUUUGUCAUUUUUUGCUUUGGCUGGUACUCUAUACAUCUUUUUGUGCUGGUGUUACUGUGUUAUGGAGUCAUGGUCGCUGCAAGUGUAUCUGAUGUUCACAGAUACUCCUUUUGUGUGGCAAUGGGAUACCUUACAAUAUGCCACAUCAGCCGAAUAUACAUCUUCCACUAUGGAAUUCUCACUACCGAUUUUUCUGGGCCUCUGAUGAUUGUCACCCAGAAGAUCACAUCCUUGGCUUUUCAAGUUCAUGAUGGAUUAGGUCGAAGAGCUGAAGAUCUCUCUGCUGAGCAGCAUCAACUUGCCAUAAAAGUGAAACCCUCAUUUCUGGAAUAUAUAAGCUACCUUCUCAAUUUCAUGAGUGUCAUUGCUGGCCCUUGCAACAACUUCAAGGACUAUGUGGCCUUCAUCGAGGGGCGGCACAUACACAUGAAGCUGAUGGAAGUGAACUGGAAGCGAGAGGAUUUCCAAAGCCUUCCAGAGCCUUCUCCCACUGGAGCUGUGAUACACAAGUUGUACAUCACAUUGGGGUCUCUUCUUUUUUUUCUGACGCUCACCAAGUCCUUCCCUAUCACUUGCCUGGUUGAUGACUGGUUUGUCCAUCAAGCAAAUUUUCCUACUCGACUCUGCUACUUGUACAUUGUCAUGCAAGCUGCAAAGCCCAAGUAUUACUUUGCAUGGACUUUAGCAGAAGCAGUGAAUAACGCAGCUGGCUUUGGGUUCAGUGGAGUGGAUAAGAAUGGAAAUUUUCACUGGGAUCUGCUGUCUAACCUAAACAUCUGGAAAAUUGAGACGGCCACAAGUUUCAAAAUGUACUUGGAGAACUGGAACAUUCAGACAUCUGCUUGGCUAAAGUGUGUGUGUUAUGAGCGAGUUCCAUGGUAUCCUACGGUGCUAACCUUCAUCCUGUCUGCUUUAUGGCAUGGUGUCUAUCCUGGAUACUAUUUUACCUUCCUAACUGGAGUCCCUGUCACAUUAGCAGCUAGAGUGGUAAGGAGCAACUACAGGCGUUACUUCCUUUCUUCAAAACCUCUCAAAGUCGUUUAUGACGUGGUUACCUGGGCGGUCACUCAGCUGGCUGUAUCAUACACAGCAGCGCCCUUUGUUAUGUUGGCAGUUGAACCAACCAUCAGUUUGUACAAGUCCAUGUACUUUUACUUACACAUUGUAAGUCUCCUGAUAAUACUUUUUCUGCCAAUCAAGCCACAAGCUCACACUCAAAAGCAGCCUCAGACUCUGAACUCUGUUCAUAAGAAGAAAACAGACUGAUACCUCCGAGAAAAGCAAAAAAACAAAACAAACAAAAAAAACCCCCCAAACAACCAAAAAACAAAACAACAUUACAAGACAUUGGAAAGAGGAAACAGAAGGGCUUGAGGGUUCUUCAGUGACUUAGUGGCGAUGUUUACAUGCAUUUUUUUUUUAACUGCAGGGAAUAUUUUUAUAUAGCUUUUUUUUGUACAGUUAAAUUAGCCAUGUCCAAUUUAUGUGUCUUAAUAUUUUACGGGACCUUUCAGUGAUGGAAAGGUGUACAGACUGUGCCAGAGCAUCUGAGACAGACCUUUCUGGAAUUCUGGGCCUUUGCUUUUCUGAUAUAAUUUUCAGUUGAAAUCUGGGUGCUGGGAAUCUAGGCAUUGGCCUGGGAAGUUGGGAGACGGUUACUGAGAUUUAUCAUAGAUUUCUCUCCCUCUCUCCCUUUCUCCUUCUCUCCGUAUCCCCUCCCAAACCCCUCUCACAUGGUAGCUCAAGGAGGCAUGGAACUCACUGUGUGGCCUAGGCCAUCAUCUUUAGCAACUCCAGUGCUGGGAUUAUAGGCAUGAAUCUCCAUGCCUGGCUGUCAUGGAUUUCUUAAAUCAAAGCAUGUCCAGGCAGGGUUGUUUCUUGGGAAGCUCUAAACCCUUUGACUGUGACAUUAUUGGUUUGUGAACAUAAGAGCUGCACUAGCUGAAGACCCUGGCUGAGCAAAAUCAUGGAAGGAGGUUUUCAGGGUACUGAAAACAGUAUGCGCAAAGAGGACCAACCAUGAACAUUUGAAUAGACUGGCAGUGAGCCCUCAAACAGGCUGAAUUUCCUUGCCCCCGCCCCCAGGAAUGUAUUCCUUUCAUUUGUUUAUUCUGAACUGAGCCAUGAUAGGAAAUCAGAAAGUGUCCUGUGUAUGUCUGCUAGGAGCCUGGUUUCCAUUUUACCUGCUUUCAUCUACUUGCCCAGGAGUGGCCCUGAGACGACACCCAAAUAUUCACACCAUCAAAGGCAACAACAUACCUUUUUUUAAAGAAUAUAUACAUAUAUAUUUUAUCUUUAAGUAGUUGAACAAAGGAGUUGCCCUUCAUCAAAUUAGUUUAUAAGCACAAUACAUCUUCAUUGAUGUCACCUUCCUAUCUCUCUCCUCCAUCCAAAAUACCUUUUAAAGAAAUAAAUUUGUUUAAAAAGUAAAGUUCUUCGGCAUUUUGGUAAGAGGAAACAGAUGUUUUUCUUUCUUGCCCUCGAUUUCUGGUGGUGUUAAUGAUCAUGGCCAUGAUGUACACAUGGGACUGAUUUUCAUUUUUCUAACUUCAUAACUGAUUAAACCCAGCUUUGUUUCAGAUGAAUCAUCAUACUAGAAAGCAGAAACGGAAGAUAGUUUUCUGUUCUAUCUUUGUCAUGAAUGUACCAUGGUUCCUUUGGGGGACUUCUUUUGGAUAAUCUAUAUGGGAGAAGGAAAUAGAAUAUUAAACGUAGUAGAAAAUAAUAAUAAUAAAGCUCUAUGCUGCAAUCAUGUGCCUUCAAUCCGAUGACCUGUGUGGAGAAAAUCUAUCCAUAUUAGAUGGUAAAAAAGUGAGUUUCUCAUCAAAUAAAUGGUUUGUUUCUAUAACAAGGAAAUGUUGCUGAAUAGAAGAAUUCUUUUUUGUGUUAAGAGGGACUUGAUAUCUAUAAGUUUGUGUGCACAGGUACACGUGUGUGUUUGUGUGUGUGUUUUACCAGAUGUGCACAAAGUUAAGGUUCUAUUUUGUUAAAAUUUGAGCAUUACAACACACUCAAUUUUUACUGUAUAUGCCAAAAUUUUGGAUGGUUUGGGUUUUGGUAAGUUUUCUCAUAUUUAUUUCCAACUUUCCAGGUAAGGUUUAUUCCCUCUCUAUAGAGGAGAGAACAUAGCAUUAGAUAUUUGCUAACAUCCCUACCUCACAGAGUUAGCAGUCCU